AUGGUGGCCAUUUUCCCCCUAGACGGCCGCCAGGAUGUGGCCGUCGCCAGGGUCUUCUCCGGCAUUCACGACUACUGGGAAGCUCUCUGCAAACGCUAUGACGAUGCCACAGAAGCGGUCGAGGUUUUGCGGCAGAGGGCAGAGACCGAAUCCGGAACCAAGACGACAGUCAAGACGACAGCCAGGUUUACGGUCAGGACUAUGGCCCAGGCGACUGCAAAGGCAACGGCAAAAACAACGGCAACAGUAAAGGCAACCACCACAGUACAUGUCCAACUCACAAAAUCGACGGCUGCACGGGGCCCCUCUUCCAAGACGACCACGUCUGCAAGCCCGGUAACCAAAACCAGUGACAGGAGCAGUACCAUCACAGCGGCGCCGACAAUCCUGGGCUCCUGGGUGCCGUCCUACUCCGUCAUCGGCGGCGAGACCGUCUCCGCCUUCGUAAACAGCGCUGGCAGGGUCGUACCCUGGCACAAGAUCCGUCACCGAGACGCCAGCCACAACUACAGGUGGGACAGUAUCAAAGUCAUCAGCUUCAGCUUCUACGUCAGUUCCAACUUCUACGUCAGCCUCAAGGUCGACCUCAGCCUCAACGUCUACCUCAGCCUCAACGUCUACCUCAGCCUCAACGUCUACCUCAGCCUUAGACUCUUCCAGAGAUUCUGCAGCUCAGUCGCCCUUAUGGCUGUCUUCAUUCUCAUCUUUGUUUUCUUCCGCUACCGCCACUCUCGGCUGUUGCGGCCACUCUUUAAGAAUCUCAACGAGCGGUCUUUGAAAACCGGCCACGGCAGUCAGGAUCCCGGAAACUCGAGAGAUUCUCUUCUGGACCCAGAGAUAGCAGUGACUAGCAAAGGUGGCGAUAUUGAGAAGCAACAGCCUGAGAAGCAGCUGGAGGCCAAUAGACCCGCCCCAAGCACUGCACCUUCUGUUUCUGCUGCUGGUGCGGCGACUCAGAACACCUCCAGUCCUGCUUCUAGCCGAGGCGGCCAACAGCAGCACUCACGAUCUGCCUCUUCCACUGCCUCCCGCCAAGCGUGGCCUAUGCCGUCCAGAGCACCGUCCUCCCUCGACAGCUACAGCACCUUUCCACAUGUGCAAAACAAGCGCAACAGCAACGGAAACGGCAGGGACACCGAGCCCAUACCCACACCGUUAUCAGCACGGCCGGUCCGGCGGUCAACAGGGCCCCCGGCUAUCCACAUCUAUCAGCCCCAGACGCAGAACGGGCCUGCAGCAAGAAACAACGCCCCCUGGAAUCGAGCGCCGCUCAGUCCGUUGCCGGCCUCUCCCACGAGCCUCGGCCCCCAACACCUGACAACGGUCGUUGUUCAACAGGAUCGACAGACUCUGCACGACUUGAGAGACAGCAUCUAUGGACGUUGUGGCAGCUACAUGAGCCUUGGUGGACUCAGUAUUGCCAGCAGCGCUGUGGCAUCUCCGUCAAAGCUGCCGUGGCCGAUGCCACCUGUUUCUGUGUCGACUGAUGGUUCCGACGGAAGCCGUGCUGGCAGUCGUUAUGGCAGCGGUAUGAACAGCACCUUGGUGCCCUUAAUUGCGCACACAGAUCCAGGCAAAGGCUCCCGCAGCACUUUCUCUCGCUCUCCUGCCGCCUACACAGACCUCACUGCAGUCACAACGGUCCCCGUCACUUCGCAUAUCAUUCCCCGGAAGCCUCUCGUGUCCAUUGUACAGGCUCCAAUGCAGGCAGUUCUUGACGGUCCCGGCAACCGCAAUCUUCUCCAGGAACAGGAAAUCAAGCGUCGCUCCAGCCUUCGUCUGGCCUUAGACUUGGCGAGUUCCCCGCCACCCAAGCAGGCACCCCCGCCACCACCUGGCAUGACGCCGCGGCGUACUUCCGGCGUUGUCUUCCAAGGGGACCGCAACUCUAUGACAGUUCGAGUGCCCAUAUCCCGCUUUCACUACUCAUCCGGUGGUGCUGAAGACGGCCGGACAUAG